AUGCGCAAGGGUGAGCGCAAGAAGAACCUCACGGACUGUGAGUGCGAUAACUUGGUGCAGCACCUGCUGACGAAGUGCGCCAGCAGCGGCAGGAUCCUCAAGGGUGUUGCCGCAAGCGUUGGCAUGUUGUUCGGUUGCUCUGUGACGACUGUUCGCCGUGUGUGGCGACGUGGUGCGGUUGACCUAUCCGGGACCAAGACGAUUUGCCGCAAUGUCCACCAGCGCAAGAAGGACAACUGCGGACGCAAGCGCAUUCACUUGGACCUGCCCGAACGUAUCCAGGCCAUACCACAGUCCCGUCGUUACUGCUUUCGUUCAAUCGCCCACGUGCUUGGCAUCCCGAAGUCUACGCUUCACUCCUACUACAAGCGUGGCGUGAUUGCCAAGUACUCGAGCGUGCUGAAGCCAUCCCUAACGGAGUCGAACAAGGUUUGUCGUCUCAAUUGGGCCUUGCAGAACGUGAAGGACAUCGAUGGUGCCAAGUUCUUCGACCCAAUGUUCGACACCGUCCACGUAGACGAGAAAUGGUUCUUCAUGUCUCGCGUUCAGAAGAAGGUAUAUGGCGCACCCGGCGAAAAGAUCAAGUAG